AUGCAAGGACCGACUAACGAACCAAUUGCCAUCAUAGGUACCGGCUGUCGGUUCCCUGGGGGCUCCAACACGGCUUCCAAACUUUGGGACUUGUUGAAAGAGCCAAAGGACGUGUCAAAGGAGAUCCCCGCUGACCGCUUCAAUCUGGAUCGCUUCUAUCACAAAGACAGUAGCCACCAUGGCACAGCUAACGUUCGGCGUUCUUACCUUCUCGACGAAGAUGUCCGCCUCUUUGACACCCAGUUCUUUGGAAUAUCUCCUGGGGAAGCACAGGCUAUGGACCCGCAGCACCGUGUCCUUCUCGAGGUUGUGUAUGAGGCCAUCGAAUCUGCUGGGAAGACUAUUCAUGGCCUUCACAACUCUGACACGGCUGUGUAUGUUGGGCUGAUGUGCACUGACUAUUAUGUCAUUCAAGCUGCCGAUCUCAAUUCGGUGCCGACAUACAAUGCGACUGGUGUUGCCAAUAGUAAUGCAUCUAGCCGUGUUUCCUACUUUUUCAAUUGGCAUGGUCCAUCAAUGACCAUUGACACAGCUUGCUCUUCAAGCUUGGUUGCGGUCCAUGAAGCCGUUCAGGCUUUACGUAAUGGCACAUCCAGAAUGGCUGUUGCCUGCGGCACAAACCUGAUUUUGUCGCCUCUGCCAUUCAUCUCGGAGAGUAACCUUAGCAUGCUUUCACCCACUGGCAAAUCCCGCAUGUGGGAUGCUGAUGCCGAUGGCUACGCCCGAGGUGAAGGAGUAGCAGCUGUAGUCCUUAAGCCGCUCAGCGCAGCUAUCGAAGACAACGACGUGAUCGAAUGCAUCAUUCGUGAAGUCGGUGUCAACCAAGAUGGCAAAACCAGGGGCAUCACAAUGCCCAGCGCUCAAGCCCAAGCUUCUCUCAUCCGUCAGACCUACGCCAAGGCCGGACUUGAUCCUGCUACACCAGAGGGUCGAUGCCAGUUCUUUGAAGCCCACGGGACUGGAACACCAGCAGGUGACCCGCAAGAGGCUGAAGCAUUGAAGACAGCGUUCUUUCCUAAUGAGACAGACUCCGUUACAAAUGGAACGAACGGAUGCCUGAGCGAAUCCGACAACCUCCUAGUAGGUUCCACCAAGACCGUCAUCGGUCACACAGAAGGAACAGCCGGUUUGGCAGGACUGAUUAAAGCCUGUAUGGCUUUGAAGCACGGUGCUGUUCCACCAAACUUGCUCUUCAAUCGACUCAAUCCUGCACUCGAACCAUUCACCAAGCACUUGAACAUUCCAACUAGUCUAAUGCCUUGGCCUAAGCUUUUGCCUAAAGUGCCACGCAGAGCUAGUGUCAACAGUUUUGGCUUCGGUGGUACAAACGCACACGCCAUUCUAGAAGCCUACUCUCGGGCCUCUCAGAAUGGUUUCGAUACAGCAUCCCCAAGUCCCGUUGUACUGCUCGCGAUCCCAUUCGUUUUCUCUGCUGCUUCUGAGACUUCACUGAGGGGUGUGUUGGAAGGCUUCCUGGACUACUUGAACACAUUCAAGCAGAAAGACGAAAGCUUAGACUUGGCAAGCCUCGCUUAUAUCCUAAGCACUAAGCGCACGGUGCUUUCACAGAGAGUGUCUAUCACGGCAUUGACAUUUGAACAGCUUGUUGAGAAGGUCCAAGCUGUUUUGGAUAAUUCCGCAAGUUCGGUAGUUGGGUCUAAAGCCGCAACACUCAGUCAUCUAGCCCUUUUGGGAGUCUUCACUGGACAGGGCGCGCAAUGGGCGACCAUGGGCACGAAGCUUAUGCGCUCUAACCCGCUGGCACAGGCUGUCAUUCAGGAUCUAGAUGCAGUUUUGGCGAGUCUCCCAGAAUGCCACCGCCCACGUUGGAGCUUGGGAAGGGAGUUGCUGGCCGACACAACAUCUCGGAUCAAAGAAGCCGAGUUAUCCCAGCCCCUGUGUACCGCCGUCCAGAUUAUGCUUGUUGAUCUUCUCAAGGCCAACGGUGUGCAGUUCCAAGGGGUAGUUGGGCACUCUUCUGGAGAGAUCGCUGCUGCUUAUGCUGCCGGAUUUGUCUCCUCGGCUGAUGCGAUCAAGAUCGCCUACUAUCGUGGCUACUUCGCCAAGCUUGCCAGUGGCUCAUCAUCGACCGGCAAGGGCAGCUCCGUCAAAGGAUCCAUGAUGGCAGUGGGGACAACGUACGAGGAUGCAAUUGAGCUUUGUCAGUUGGAAGACUUCCGAGGACGUAUUUCCCUGGCUGCCCACAACGGUCCGAAUAGUGUCACCCUGUCUGGAGACUCUGACGCCAUUGAUCAGGCACAUUUCAUCUUUUCCGAGGAAGAGAAGAAGUUUGCCCGUCUACUCAAAGUCGACACCGCAUACCAUUCUAGCCACAUGCAACCUUGCAUCUCUCCCUAUACGGAGGCCCUUCAAGCAUGUGGCAUAGUCGUUCAACAACCAGCUUCAGAUGCACCCAAAUGGUUCUCGAGCGUUCGCUCCGGGACGCCAGUAUUGGACAUGGAUGGCCUCGACUGUCAGUACUGGGUCGACAAUUUGUUGAGUCCUGUCCUGUUCCAUGAGGCCGUCCAAGGCUGUCUUGGCUCAUCUGAUACAUACAACGCUAUCCUUGAGAUCGGUCCACAUGCAGCACUAAAGGGUCCUUUAGAUGAGUCUGUGCUUGAACUUAUGGGUAGCAAGCUCCCAUACACAUCUGCUUUAGUCAGAGGGAAGGAUGACAUCGAGUCAUUCUCGACGGCGCUGGGCUUUCUGUGGACUCAAUUCGGUAACCAGUGCGUGGAACUGGGAGCUUUCCAGAAGCGAGUAUCCAAAGAAACUGGCUUCGAGCUAUCCAGUACCAUGGAUGACUUACCGACCUAUGCAUGGACCCAUGAUAAACCGCUCUGGGCAGAGUCAAGAUCGACCAAGUUGUUCCGCACUAUGCCUGGAAGCUUUCAUGAUCUCCUUGGUAUCCAGACCGCGGACGGCACGGCCGAGGAGUGGCGUUGGCAGAACAUUCUCAAGACGAAGGAACUACCCUGGAUGGUAGGACAUGCUCUUCAGGGACAGAUCGUGUUUCCAGGCACGGGAUACAUCGCUCUGGCUAUGGAGGCGAGUCUUCAGAUUGCGCAAGGGAGACCAGUCAGCAAGAUUGACGUCUAUGACCUGGAGAUCAGGAAGGCCAUUGCUGUUAACGAGUCAGCAACUGGAACUGAGUUAUUGGUCACAAUGACAAGUGUUUCUCCCAUCAAUCCCGAUGUUGAAACAAUCACGGCAGACUUCGCAACGUACUCGACCAUCAGUCGCGAGUCUGGGUCUAUGGCUCUGAACUGCUGUGGUAAGGUUUGCAUUUUCUUGCAGACAGAUACCAUCACUACGAUGGACGGUGAGGGUGAUGCAGCAGAACAAUUUGCUGCUCGAGCUACCCCUGUCCCAGGCAUGGGUGACAUUGACGUUGAGAGGUUCUACUCUGCUAUGCAACACGAUCUCGGAUACAUGUACUCUGGACCUUUCAGAGGACUUAGUCGACUUUCGCGCAAACUGGGUUCUUCUGAAGGGUCAAUUCGGCGACCACCAUUUAGCGAGGGUGGUAGUGAGACGACCUUGAUCUUCCAUCCAGGUAUGCUCGACAACGCUUUGCAGGGCCUGUUUGCCGCAUAUAGUGCUCCAGGCGAUGGACGAUUGUGGUCUAUGAGAGCGCCUACUGCCUGUCAAAGAGUCUCGCUGGUACCAUCGCUUUGUGGCCGCAACAUGACAGAGGAAGUUGACUUUGACUGCACCCUCACAGACUCACGCGAUGAUUUUAUCACAGGCGAUGUCGAGGUGUAUGCUUUAGGGUACUCUCAACGAAUUAUCGAGAUAGAGGGGCUGAGCUUUUCACCCUUCGCUGCAGCCACUGAGAGAGACGACAGACAACUGUUCCAAGAGCAGAUUUGGUAUGUCAACGAGGCAGACGGUCCUCUAGUACUGGGUGACAUGGCCCCAACCUUUGAGGAAAGGACCAAGGCUUUGGAUGCUGAGCGAGCUGCCUUCUUCUAUCUCAAGAAGCUUCAUCUAUCUGUCCCAUCCGGCCAGCGCAGUCAAUUGCCCUGGUACCGCCAGUCCCUGCUGGACAAUGCAGAGCGACUUUACGAUCUUGUCUGCAGUGGAAAGCACAGUUAUGCACCCCAGUCCUGGAUUCAGGACACCGAGGAGGAUGUUUACGCUAUGAUGGAGAGUUACGGGCCUCAAGACGCCGACUUUAACUUGACCAAGGCUGUGGGUGAAAACCUACCACUCCCCGAUGUGAUCAAGGGGGACACCAACAUUCUUCAAUAUAUGACGCAGAACAACUAUCUGGACCGCUACUACACACAUGCCAUUGGAUUUGGCUGGCUCAACAUCUUGAUCUCUGGGGUCGUCGGUCAGAUCGCUGACAAGCAUCCAAAGAUGAGAUUCUUAGAGAUCGGUGCUGGCACAGGUGGUGCAACAGGUGCUGUACUUGACCGCAUUGGACAAGCAUACUCAUCUUACACGUACACCGAUAUCUCCAGCGGCUUCUUUGAACGCGCAGUGGACAAGUUCCAGGAUCAUGCCGGCAAAAUGCUAUUCAAGAUGCUGGACAUUGAGAAAGACCCGGUGAGCCAAGGCUUUGCCGAGCAUAGCUACGACAUUAUUUUGGCCGCGAAUGUCCUUCAUGCCACCAAGAGUUUGACCGAGACUUUGCAGAACACCCGACGGCUGUUGAAGCCCGGUGGCUUCUUGGUGCUCAUGGAGAUCUUGGGUAACGAUGUGAUGCGAAUCGGUCUAGUCAUGGGUGGAUUACCAGGAUGGUGGGUUGGCAAGGACGACGGUCGACGAUGGGGCCCGACCAUCACACUCGAAGAGUGGGAUACUCUCUUGAAGGGAACAGGAUUUGCCGGGGUCGAUACCAAUACGCCAAUGCCGGAUAAGGUGCAGAUGCCAGGAUCGGUGUUUAUGGCACAAGCCGUGGACGAUCGCAUUGCCAAGUUGCGAGAUCCUCUUCAACAUGAUGCGCUACCUUCCGCAGCAUCAGAUCACGUCAAUGGCGUCCAGAAUGGGCACACACCCUCCCCUGUCAUCUUAAAAGGAACGUCCCACCUCGCAGUUAUUGGGGGCAGUUCAACUUCAGGGAGCAAGCUGACAAGUGAGAUUAUCCGCGUACUGAGUCCCCUUUUCGCCGAGAUCAUCCACAUUCCCCAGGUCAACAGCAAAGACGCCAUCACCAAGAUUCCUAGCAAUGUAGACCUGCACAUUCUUUCUCUGGUCGAAUGCGACAUUGGUGGCACAUUCUUCCACAACAUCACUAUUACAGCGUGGCAAAACUUCCAGCAGCUCUUGGCCACGUCGCCUACCAGUUUGCUUUGGGUAGUACCCAACACCCGCAGUGGAAACCCUCUGGGCGCAAUUGGAACUGGUCUCUUCCGGUCUCUCUUUUACGAGAUUCCCGAGACCCGGUUCCAGGUCUUGGAUUUGGACGAGAAGGCUACUGGAGAUCUCAGUGGCUGUGCGGGUUUGAUCGCGAGGCUCAUGCAGCAGUUGAGGCUAGCAGCGGAUACUUCGUCCACGAAGGGUCCAUCUGCGUUGACUCCCGACACUUCGGAAGAUGGUCUCCAGUCUGUCAAUGACGGCACUGCUACAGCAGAGAUGCUGUGGACUGUUGAGCCUGAACUGUAUCUCCAUGACGGCCGGUUGUACAUCAGCAGAGUGCGUCUUCAGAAAGAGCAGAACGACCGUUACAACUCAUGGAGGCGGCCCAUCUUACGGCUUACUGGAUCAGACCACAGCGCAGAUCCGUCGCAGUCGUCAUCCUCUCUCGGUCGGCAGACAUCUCUAGAGCUGCAGUGGAAAGACGACGCUUACUACAACCUGAAAGAGAUCAACUCCUUUGCCCAGGCAAUCUCGACUGAUUCCGCUACCAUCGAUGUCUCAUGCUCGUUGGCUUCCUGUCUGAAGACUCCCGCAGGAUUAUUCUUUGUCCAUGUCGGCACAGACGUCAAUACAGGCGAGAAGAAGCUUUGCUUGUCGACUGAGAACAGAUCUCGAGUGACGGUACACAGCAGUUGGACAGAGACACUGAAGCAGGAGCAUGACGUGGCAGAUGGUCAAUACAUGUCAUUCAUUGUGGCUGAUAUGAUCGUGCAACAACUCAUGUACAUGCUGCCCCCAACCGGAACACUCUUGCUUCACGAGCCUGACCCAGGUCUGGCUUCACUUCUCACCCGACAGUUGGCCAACAUUGGACGCAAAGUUGUCUUUACCACGACUAGAUCUGAUAAGUCGACGAACUUACUCUCCAAGGCUAACUGGAUCUUCAUGCACCCUCGCUUGAACAAGCGACUCAUUGAAUCCACGCUUCCAGAUGGAGUCACGUUCUUCAUCGAUUGUGGCCAAGCCGAAGAUGUGAUUCAUGAGGGCUCUCACGCCAAGGAUCAUGGAUUGGGCCUACGUCUACGCAAUUCACUGUCGCGAACUUGUAUCAAGAUGGCGUUGCAAGAUCUAACGUCUCGCACUGCGUCGGUCGCACCCCAGGAAGCAACGGAAGAAGUGGUCAAGCUCCUACACAGGAUCACCACCUUUGCAGCAGCUCAAUUGAACUCUGUCCCCGACGGUGCUCCAUUGAAGGUUGCAUCGUUGACCGAGAUCGUUUCGAGGGCGAAGACCAGGGCAUUGGCGACCGCAGAAGGUUGUUCGACUGGACCAUUCUGCUUGGUCAAUUGGCAUGCUGAGAACCAAGUACCAGUCUCGGUAGCACCUGUCUGGGACCGAGAUGACCUCUUCCGAUUUGACCGAACUUACUGGAUGUUGGGUCUAACUGGUGAUCUUGGAAGGUCACUGGCAGAGUUUAUGAUCUCGCGUGGAGCUCGACAUGUUGUGCUGAGUAGUCGUACGCCACAGCCAGAUGAGAUAUGGGUAGAACGACAACAAAAGAAAUACGGAGCGACUGUUGUGUAUAUUGCGGUGGAUCUCACCAGCCUGGAUUCAGUUCAGAAGGCUCAUGGGCAGAUCGUUACAUCCAUGCCACCAUUGGCUGGUGUAGCUAACGGUGCCUUGGUCUUGAAAGACAGCUCAGUAGCCAAAAUGACCAUCGACCAACUCCAAGCAGUCCUUCGUCCCAAGGUCGACGGAACUCUACAUCUUCAGAGUGUCGUAGACGCCAAUUCGGGAUCUAAACAGCAGCCCUUGGACUGGUUCAUCGCCUUCAGUUCCAUCGUUGGCACAACAGGCAAUCUGGGCCAAGCCGCUUACUCAGCUGCCAACGGCUUCCUGAAAGCAUGGGUGUCCCAACAGCGGUCCAAAUUUGGUCACAAUGCGGCUGUAAUCGACAUCGGUCGUGUUCUGGGCGUCGGAUAUGUGGAACGAGAGACUCAAAGCAACUCGGGGCGUUUGACGCGCGAGCAAACCGACCGGCUGAUGAACCGUACAGGAACGCUAGCCAUGAGCGAGACUGAUCUCCAUCAGCUAUUCGCCGAAGCUGUCAUUUCUGCUGACCACUGUUCUGCAUCGGACGCGGGCUUGUCAGUGGGUGCUCGAGACGCUGAGCUCAUCACAGGAAUCGCCCCCAUCUCGUCUGCACAGGCUGAAGAUGUUUUCUGGGCACGCAAUCCAAGAUUUGGACUGCUAGUUAUUGAUUCUAACGCUGCAGUUGACAGUGACGACCAGGACGGAAAGGGAUCGGAACGAAGACAAGUUCCUGUCAAGACUCAGCUUGCGGCAGCCAGCACACCACAAGAGGUAACUACUGUAUUGAUCUCUUGCAUUGUUACGAAACUGCGCGCGUCGCUCUUUUUGUCAGCAUCCGAUAACUUCUCCGAGACAGUCGCCCUUGUGGAACAGGGUGUGGACAGCCUUGUUGGUGUUGACAUUCGCACAUGGUGCAUCAAAGAGCUUGAAGUCGAUGUACCAGUUUUGAAGAUCUUGGGUGGUGCAUCAGUUGUGGAUUUGGCAGAUUAUAUUUUGGAGUCGUUACCAGUGAAAGACAAAUCUAAAUAA